GGCGGGUAUGCAAGAUCAAUAAUUAUUGAGAACUCCAACAACAAUAUAGCAGCUCUCUGAUAUCUCUAGAUCUGAGGGAGUGUUCUACUUACAAUGAAAGCUCGGCUUCGUUCCUUACUUGGUCUACAACCAGUUGAACCACCACCUUGUUGGUGGCAUUCCUCAGCUGUAGCUGACGGACGCCAUUAUGUGUGGAGGGGGGCUGGUCCAGAACAGGGGUCUAAUAUCAUUGCUGUGUGUGAUUCAAGCACUGAGCAGUGGAGCUUCUUCCCCACUACUGGACCUCUACCCCCUGGAGAGUGGGGUGGUCGCUCUGUUUGUGUAGGUCGUUGCCUGUACACCUUCGGUGGUCAGUAUAGGUCUUCUUACUUCAAUGACAUGAGCAAGCUUGAUUUGGACACUUUCCAGUGGACCAAAAUUCAAUAUUUUGGUAGUCAGCCUAUGAAAAAGGUUGGUUGUGGACUUGUCCGUGUGAAUGAGAACACUCUGUGCUGCUUUGGAGGAGAAGGUAUUAAGGGCCCCACACAACCACGAUCAACAUUCACCAGUGGAUGGACAAACGAGUUCCAUUUCUUUGACACACAAAAUGGUGUCUGGUCGUCCCCUGUGCUCAAAGGAGAGAGACCUCCUCCCUGUAGUAGCUUCACCUUCACUAUGGUAGACCAGCACAGGGCAGUUCUCUUUGGAGGGAAACAACCUGGCCGUGGUGGUAGGGUCAAUGAUGUCUACCUGUUUGACUUUAGGACUAUGGAGGUGACUAAGGUGAAGCCAGUACAGGGAGAGCCAUGGCCAGUGGGGAGGUCAGGCCAUGCUACUUGUUGUCUCAACUAUGACCAGGACCACCCUCAACUACUGGUGUACGGAGGAGUGGAUAAUGGCAGCAAUACACUGGGGGACAUGUGGAUGUUUGAUGUUGACACUGGCAAGUGGACGGAGGUGACACCUCCUGAGUCAAUGACACCACGUUACUACCACUCCAUCACUGCCACCAGUCUGGGACCAGGACUCACAGAGGUCCUCGUGUUUGGAGGCCAUCGGGAGUGGGGGGGAAAUGACCUUGCUGAGACCACUAUACUGAGAUUUGAGUUGACUGGACCCUCAGCGUCUGUUGCUGAAACCUCGGCUGGGAAGUGGGAUCUCAUGAAUGUGGCCCACAAUGACACUAGAGGCUCCGCCCAGCGACUGAGUGAGAAGAAGAUUAGACGAGCAACUGCUCAUGCCUCAUCAGUCAGUGAGACCAGCCGGGUGAGGGCUCUAGAUCUGGAACAACAGUUACGACCAGCAGAGCAGAGAGAGCACGACACAGAACAUCGCCACCAACUACAAUUGCAAGAGAAAGAUCAUGAAUUGGCUAGAAAAAAUCAACAUUUGAUUGAGGCUAACCGUCGUCAUGGAGAUGCGGAGGAAAGAGCACAGCUGGCAGAGCAAAGAGAGCAAGCUACACAAUUACUUUUACAAGUGAAAGAUCGUGAAUUGGCUGAGGCCAACAGAAGAGAAGCUGACUUGUCUGCUCGAAUCACAGCUCUAGUGAGUGAGUUAGAAGGCAAGACAAAAGAGUUGGCAGCACACAAAACAGAGGUGUGGAGGAUUCCAGCCAACAGAGUGAUAAUUGGCAGGAGGAUUGGCGAAGGAGGGUGGGGGGAGGUGCUGGAGGGAACAGUGAGUGUGGCUAUCAAGCGACUACAUGAAAAAAUUGCCUACCCAAUUCACAUUGAGAAAAUGGAGAGAGAAAUGAGGCUAUUGGCUGAAGUGCGACACCCAAACCUCGUGCAAUUCAUUGGUGCUAUUUUUAAUGAUCAAAACCGAGAGAAUCGAUCCCCUCCUCUCAUCAUCACCGAGCUUUUGGACAUGAAUCUCCGACAAGCGUACGAGAGAAAUCAACUGGACCCAGGAAACCGUCUCUCGAUCUUCAUGGACAUUGCCCUAGCUCUGGACUACCUGCACCAGCGCUACGAUCCCAUUAUCCACCGCGAUGUAAGUGCCCCAAACGUCCUCCUCCAGCGAAUGUCCAACCACCAGUGGAAGGGGAAGGUAUCUGACCUCGGCUCAGCCAACUUCCUGCAGCAUGCUCAUACGAUGGGAGAGGGGGCCAUAAUCUACUCCCCUCCUGAAGUCAUCCCUCAAGCCUUUGAUCUUCUCACUCCCCCUCUGAAACAGUCUGUCAAGAUCGAUGUGUACAGCUACGGUAUUGUCCUCUGUGAGGUGACCGCUAGUCGAUUCCCUAGUACUGAACAUUAUCGAGACAUGAUUUUUCAAGUACAGAGGCAGCGUCCUGCAGUGUACGAGCUGAUACUCCACUGCACUAAGAGAGAGCCCAGCCAUCGACCCAGCAUGGCACAGGUGAUGGUGAAACUGAACAAAAUAGCACCCUUUUAACUAUAAACGUGAAAGUACUUUCUUUUUAUGGAAUUUUUUGGCUUUGGCUUUCGUAAUAUCUCUUUGCACUAUCCUAUUAUGAUCUCAUGCUAA